GUUGUGUUUAUUUCCUCUCUAAUUCUCCUUGUGGUGUGCCAUAAAAUGACUACUUCACAUUGACACUGACCUCUGGGUGACCGCUUGGCCUUUUUUUUUUGGAUUCUUUCCACCUAGCCAUGAUGAUGUGUUUUUGUUGUUUUCAGUUUUAUGACAUUCUGUUUCUGGCAAUAGUCUUGCCUCAAACCAAAAGCUAACUCAUUUAACUGCAUUAAUGUGUCAAGUCAUUCAAACCUUUGUUCUUUGCUGGGUGCACAAAGCAGGUGCUGUUGACUUCAGAGAAUUGUUGUUCUGCUGAUCCACAGGAAAUAUACUUUGGCAUGUUUUAUGGCUUGCUUUGUUCCUCUGUGUGCCUCCUGGUGAAGUUUUAUUUUUGUUCCCUGCUGCAGUAAAGAGGGUGUGUACUCUUUGCUUGUUGUGGUAAUCUUGGGUUGUCUAAUGUUAGUUUCACAAUAGAAAGCUUGCAUCAUUACUACUUGAUUAAGGAGGGAGUUUGGAGUAGUCCCUUCUAGUGCUCCUUGAUCAUCCUUGGUUGUGACUGAGAUACUAUUGGUGAAAGUACUGUGCUGUUUUUAUUGAGAGUAGAAAGCUGUUAGUUGGGCAGUGUCCAUGGCUCCUCAUCAGGCCUUGACGUCUGGACUCAGGUCACAGUGUUAAGACUGGAUUACCAUGCUGUCUGGAGGAGUUCCUCUGAAAGUUAUUUAUGUCCAUCCUUCUUUGUUACAGGGGGAAAAGCAGUGUAACCUGCCAGUGUCAGAUCUGCACAAAUGAAUGAUCUGCCUGUAUUGCAAAGGAUUUUGAAUGAUUGAGGACACUGUGUCUACCAGGGAUGCGUUUGGGGCAUGACAGGACUUUGAGUGUGUUUAAGUGUUACACCUCUCCAGGAUAGAGGUGUAAUGGAAUGUGUGACAGAAAUGAUUGCCAGCAAACACCUCUUCUAAUCUUAAUGGGGAUGUUCAGAGUUAACGCCAGGCAGGAAGGACUCUGUAGGAAUGAUCAGCCACUGCAAUCUUUACCAGUCUCCUAGAGAAGCAUCAGGAUGGCGCCGAACUGAUGAUCUCACUAUCGGGGGAUCUGGGAGGAUGUUUUCUAGAGAUGGUCUGGCACUGGGCAUAACACAGAUCACUGCAGCAGUCCUAGAGGAUUUGAUCUGAUUGAAUAUGUGGGGGAGAGUGGAAUAGAGGCGGGAGCAGGGAUUAUCAAAGGCUUAGGGCUUAUAGUGCUCUGCACUCAGUCAUUCUCCUCUGUGCGUCUCUCGCUGAUGCAGUGAGAGAAAAUGAUAGAUGCCUAUUCCUUGGUUGGCAGGCUGAUGACCACUGGUCAGUGAAAGGCUUUUUGGAAUUGUUUUAAGAGGGCAAGUCUGGAAUCGAAAGAUCUAAGGGGCCAUGAGGGACCCGUGCCGUAUAUGUGGUGUUCGUGCGGUGGGAAGCCAGUGUCGCUGGAUCUUCAGCUCAUCAGAAAAGAGGAAACUACAAGUCAUCUUGUCCCAUGUUUUGGGCCGGGAGCUGACUCGAGAUGGUCGUGGAGAGUUCCUCUGUGGGAAAUGUGUGUUCCAGUUAGAGAAGGUGGUACAAUGUGACGUCACCAUCAGCCAGCUGCAGGAUGAACACAGCAGUCAGAUCCAGAAGCUGCAGGCGGAGAAAGACCAACUGAUCCAGUGCAUUGUGCACAUGUAUAAAAAAAACAAUCCAAUCCUGGACAAGAGUGACUUGGAGAGCACCAGUGGCAAGACACUUCUCAGGGCCUCUGGAGGGGGCAGUCCUGAUGAUGAGCCUGUUUGUCAGCUGGCCUCUGAAGGACAGCAGAUCAGGGAGAGUGGUAAUAUGGAGAAUCGCAUGAAAAGGUGUGUGAGUCUGGAUCAAAUUGUUAGUAAAGGGUCAUUCUCAGGGCGCUCAGGCCUCAGGAGCAGCAGGCUGGGAUCAGCGGCAGGGCUUGAUUGCUCUAUGAAGAGCUUUGGUCUCCGGGGCACACGCAACCGCUCACAGAGCAUGUACCUCGACCUGGUGCACCGUAAGGGCAUACUGCCUAGACCUGGAUUCAAAGGUCGCUCCACAUCCCUGCAGUCCCUCAAUAGAGACUUUUCCUCAGAUACCCCUCCAGACUCUCUACCCAAACUAAAACUCAGAGAGGCCAAGGUGUUUGUUGCCAGACAUGGUGCCGUUGAUGACCCAGGAGGAAAGUUUCAGGCCAGAGCACUCCUCCGCCGUUCCUCAAGUGAGCCUUCUGUGAUCUCUGACCUGAUCCAACUCCUGCGCUGCAUCUCCAAGCAACAGGUCUCUGCCCCUGCAGGGAGCCACAUCCCUAUCCUGAAGAGGUUAAAUAUUGGACUGCACAACCCGCGAGCCAAGCGCAGACACAGAGAGGCAGAAUGGAAGUCUCUGCAAGACCUUACAGAGGAAUUUGAUGAUGAGUACACUCCUGUCAAUGUGAAGGUAGUUCCUUUUAGUAAUCCCAGCUGGGCAAAAUGUUACAGCACCGCUAAUGAGCUGUGACAGACAGCAGGUUUAUUUAACAUUUAACAUUGCUGGUAAUAAUACAUUUUUUCCCUUUCCUGUUUUGUGUGUUCUCUGGAU